AUAAAAUAUAUCUGCAAUGAAUGUGGAAGAUUUAAGAAAUAAGUUGACCGAAUUGCACAAAAAGCAAGUAGAUAGUCUUACAAAAAGAAAGACAAUAAUAAAAGAGAUUAAGAAUUUUUCAUUUUAGUAUAUUAGUUAUUUAUAUUAAUUAGAAAAUAAGAUCAGAAAAAAAUAAAAUUAAAUAAUGGAAAUGAGUAGGUAGUUAUUAUUGUUUUAAUAGUAAUUAGAAAGUAUUUGUAUUAAAUCUUGUUGGUGCAAAAGAAGAACGCGUAGAAAAGUAAAAGUAGCUUGAUGAAAAAGUACCCACUACCUUGAAAGAGAAGGAUAAACGUUUAGCAAAAUCUUUAAUUGGAAAUCAUCUCUUAAAAGCGAAAUAAGAUUUGAUUGGUGAGAAAUAGAAGGUAAGCAAUUGAUUAUUAAUUUUAUAUAGUUAGAUAAAUAGAUAGAAAUAAGUAAGAGAUUAGAUGAUAAAGAUAAAUAGGAUUUAUAAACGCUUAAGGAAGAUUAAAAUGUAUUUAUUCUUUGUAUAUUUUUAAGAAAAAAAAGAGUUAGUUGGUUAACGAGAGAAAGUAAUUGGAACGAGAAUUGGCUGCUGAUGAAUAUAAAAGAUAGGUAUCAACUUAUAUUAUAUUUUAGGUUCUAUUACUGGAACUGUAAAUUAAAAUAAUGAGAGAUUUUUUUAUAACAAAGUAAAAUAUUUGAUGAUCAUUCUAGAACAUAUCCUCAUAUUUUAUGGUAGCCAGCUAAAACCAAUGAGGGUAUGAAUCCAUUAAAGGAAUACAGUAAUGAAAAAUUUAAUGUAAAAUAAUAUUCUAAAGUAUGAUAGGAAAUGGAGAAGGAACUAAAGGAAUAACUAUUAAGGGCAUAUACUAAUUUUACUGAAUCCCAAUAUUAGAAAUUGAAAGAAUAAUAGAUUCAAUAGGAGCAUGAAAGUUCAUAAUCAGAAAGUGAGGAGUCAUAAGAAAAACAGAAGGAACAAGGGUAAGAAUGAUGAAAAAUUAUAG